AUGGAUGGCAUUAGUGCUGCCGCAAGCGUGGUAGCAAUCGUCGAUAUCGCCAGCAAAGUUGCCUCCUUACUUAAAGACUACUAUGAAGGCGUUAAGAAUGCUCAGGAUGAUAUCAAACGUACGUUUAUGUUUCAUUGUUCCAAGGGGCGUGUUUUGGAAGGCUGAAAAGGAUGGAAUGGGCGUAUGGAACACACCGUUUAGAUAUCGACUGGAAGCAAUGGGGCUAGGGAAAACGACAUUUGUGCUAACACAAUACACCGCCAGGGCUCUACGGUUCGAUACAAUCGCUACAAGUCACGUUAUCUCGGGUUUACGAUAUACUCAAUAAGGAACAAGGCGUGGUCAAACCCGAGUUGUUCACUGAUCCGUCGGGGCCACUAAACCAGUCUGAAAUCGAGCUGAAGAAGCUUCUCUUGAACCUUAGAACCCCACCGGACUCCCACCUUCGCAGAAAGCUGGAAUCUUGGAAAUAGCCGUUCAAGGCGAGUGAUAUCGAGAAGAUUGUACUCCAGCUUGAGAAGCAUAAGAGUAGCUUGACAACGCAAAUUGGGGUUGAAGCCCUGUAAGAACUCAUACUAUUUCAAGCUUGUGGUGGAUUCUCUAGGACAACAACCUGAAACACAUGGGACAAGUCUUCUAAAUACAAGGGCCAAAGCAUUUUGUGAUGACGGAACCGAAUUUCCUUUCGAAUAUCCUUCGUAAAAUGUUCUCUCCAUGAAGCUGACAAAUCUCACUUGAUUAGGAGCAUAUCCUCUCAACAGUAUGACAUUUCGGCGGAUAUCUUGAGAGAAAUCAGAAACGCUAGAGACGAAAACGAUCGUCUUCGAAUCAUUCAGUGGCUUUCGAACUCAGCUUUAGAUCCAUCUCUGGAACAUCAAAUUGCUCGCGGCAAACACGAAGCUACCACAGGCUCUUGGUUGGUUGCAAAUGAUGACUUUGAAUCUUGGAUGGGUGCGAGUAACUCACUAUUAUGGCUAUAUGGGAACGGUGAGCGACGUUUUUCAUAUCAACAGUUCAUGGCGUCAUCCUGAGUCUUUACACUAGUUGCAACUAUGCAAGCGAUACUUGCAUUCUUGUUCUCCAAUGUCCUAAUUCAAGUAUCGGAGAAAGAGAGAUCUCAGAUCUAUAUCUCCUGAAACCUUUUGAGCUAGGGCUGACCGAAAUUUACGAUAGCUGGCUCCGGGAAGUCCAUUCUUUGGUAGGGCUCCAGUCGCUACGCAUAAUACGGUCCGCUGACUGAUAUUACCCAGCUCCACCGCCAUUGAUCAUAUCCAAAGAGAUAAUCCCAAUGGUCCUGGUGUUGCAGUUGUUUAUUGGUACAUCACUUUUACGAACCCGGAGAAGCAAAAGGUAAACAACAUACUACGCUCACUUAUCACCGACAUAUGUAGCAAUCUUCGAGAUACUCCACAACUGCUUUGGGACACGCACAGGAAAUACAAUUUUGGGAAUCAACAGCCGGAUUACGAGGAUCUCAUGGAUAUGCUUAAGGCAGUGGUCACCAACUUCAAGGAUAUUUACGUUCUCCUCGAUGCUCUUGAUGAAUGUCCUAAGACUGAUGCAGAAAGACCGAUACUCAGCAUGAUUACUAGAAUCCAUGAGUGGAACAUUGCCUCUCUUCACCUUCUUGUUACCAGCAGAAAAGAGGUCGAUAUUUUGAGGGCUUUCAACAAUAUUUCGAAUGAUGUGGGAUAUUUUAAAUCCAUCGCUAUCCAGGGAUCUCAUGUAAAGCAUGAUAUUGUCCUCUUCCUCGAAGAGAAUUUCAAAAAACAGAAGUUCAGUAGAUGGAAGUCAGAGCUGAAAAAAACAGUCAGCGACAAACUAGCGACUCGUGCAGAUGGAAUGUAGGUGAAUCCGAAUUACAUUAUCUGACGAUCGAAAGGGCUGAUCUGGAAGGUUUCGCUUGCUUGAUUUGCAACUUACAGAACUGAGCAAAUACCGAAGUCCAAAGGACAUCCUCAGAGAAAUAGACAGGUAAUGCUCCUGCUUUUGACACUCCAGUCUUUAUAUCACACCUCUCUUAUCACUACUAAACUACCCUUCGGGCAUUAUUUCUUCUGCCAGGGAGAACUGGGAAGAAUUAUGGAACCUUGCAGUGUCUGGUUCUUCUAUGUGUCCCUGAGCAAAAAAUCCGAUGUCAUUAGCCGGCUACAUCGGGCUAUCCUCGAAGCAAGGUGUCCUGAAAUCAAACCAAAAUCUAGUUAUAUGAACCAAUAGUAAAAUAAUAUCUGUUAACACAAGUCUGUAGGCUACCCAAGACACUUUACUCUAUCUACGAACAUACCAUCCUCCAAACUGAUGAACAAAAGGACCGGCAGUUUGCCCGGAGAGCGUUACAUUGGAUAUCUUCUUCCCCUAGGCCGGUGUCCCUCCAGGAGCUUGCAGAGGCUGUGAUAGUAAGACCUGAUGAUGAAGGUCAGCGUUAUGUGGACGAGGACGAGAGGAUUGACGAAGAGGCCUUACUAGAAAUAUUGCCAGCAGGACUCGUUACGAGAUGUACGAAAAAGGGUUGCCGACCCGUUACAAGACUUAUAGGAGAUUUUGGAUGUCGCAUUCCGGAACCAAGUAUCAUGAUCUCGAUGGUUCAAUUUGCACAUUUUUCAGUUCAGGAAUUUUUACAAUCUGAUGAUAUUUUAAUAGGAAGGGUACCCGAGUUCCACCUAAAUCCAACGGCCUCUGAUUUACACUGCACAGAUUCUUGUUUUGCCUAUCUGCUUUUCGUGGGCAGCCAGAAGCCGGAAGUAACGAUAGAAAUAUUUGAACGCUUCCCACUCUUCGACUACGCAAGAACAUGUUGGCCAUAUCAUUUCCACAAAAUCGAAAUGCUUUCAAAGCAUACAAAGCCCCCCGGUACAUCAAGAUCCUAUCUUCUAGCACUUGGGUUCUUGAAGGGAGAUUCCGAGGCCUGGAAACUUUCAACUACACUGGAAAUCUUCCACAAAUCACAUAACAACGAGGUUGUGGGGCUAAUGGGAAUUGAGCAACGACUUCGGAACGUAGUUGACUGCCAACCAAUUUUACUUCUAGGAAAUGAUGCCAUGGAGCCAAUAUCAUUUCUAUCUUCACUAGGCUUUGAAUCUCUCCUAGAAAAGAUCCUGUCGGUCACGCCCAAAGUCAGAAUAUCUGAUUCAGGAUAUUCGAGAGAUACUGGAUUACUUGAUUGCCACUUCAAACCACCCCUCCAUAACGCGGCAAGUUGCGGGCACACGAGUAUAGUGAAACUUCUAUUGGAGCACGGAUUUGACGUCAAUCAAGGAGGCGGUAUCCGUGGCUCUUCGCUAAAUGCCGCUUGCGCAGAAUGAAACAUAGACAUUGCCCGUGUCUUACUCGAGGCAGGCGCUGAUUUCAAUAUUGACAAUGGAGGAGGUAUAACAACGUUGAUUGGAAUUUGUAUCUUUGGGAGCUUUCAGCGAAGUCAGACUGAGGGGGCUAUAAAGCUCUUACUUGAAGCAGGUGCAGAUCAAAAUGCCAUAGCAAGAGUAAAAAGGGAAGAAGGUGACACAUUGUUGCUACUCGUUGCCCGAUGUGGAGCUGUUAAGCCAGCCUCCUUGUUGCUUCAAUUUGGGGCAAAUAUAAAUUUUAGAGGAGAAAUCUCAGAUGAAACCCCCCUUGAAGCAGCUGCAUUGAAGGGAAAAGUUGAGAUGGUCAAUUUUCUACUCGAUAAUGGUGCUGGCAAUCUAGGUCGGCAGCGCACCGAUUGGUUGGGGCAAGCGUAUGCAGUGAAGCUGUGGCAUGCAGCGAUACAUGGGCCUUAUAAAAGUCAGGAGAUGAGAGAACUGGUUUAUCUAGAAGAGAUGAAGACUCUGAACGAUGAUUCAUGGGAAUCAACUUUGAAAUUCGUUGACAGAAAGAAGGCGGAAAUUGUUCUAAGCAUAAAUCACGCGAAAGAAACCUCUGGAUAUCAUCUUCGAGAUGAAGAAAUACUCAAAUCUUUGGAAGAGAUUAUAAGAAUAUCAAUGGAUGCUCGAGCAAGGUUGAGAGGACCUGAUGGUGCGGACACCUGA